AAAUUUGUGACAAAUCGAACCACGUGAAGUCGUCUUUAUGCUGUUGUUGCCGUUGAAAAAUGCCUGCCGCCACAGAAAAACCAGCGAAAAAACCUCAAAAUGAGCCGGAAGAUCCCCUUAGACAGGUUCUCACGGUUGUUGACAGGAAAGUCAGCAACCUCGAGAAGAAAAAGGCCAAACUUGAAGGACUAAAGCAGAAGUUGGCUCAUGGAGAUCGUUUGGAAGCACCACAAAGGGAGGCUGUGGCUCGAUAUGACCAAGUUGUUCAUAAUCUUGAAUUUGCUCAGGAACUUCAAAAACAAUUUGAAGCUAUUUCAAAUGAGGCUGAGAGACUACAGAAGAAAAAGUUGAAGAAAGAGAGAAUGGAGAAGAGGGUGAUGGAGAUGAGAAGAGUACAGGAGUUGAUAGAAUUACAGAGUUUAUUGGAUAGUUUAGGUUCAGAUACUGUACGUAGUGAUUUACAGACUGGUAACCAUGGAGCUGUGGUAUUCACAGAAGAGAACCUAACCCAACUGGAUGAAUUUUACCAGUUAAUUUGUCCAACCAGGGAGAGUAAAGAUAACUAUAGAGAUCAAACUAUGGCAGCUUCAGUCCAUCUAGUAAACUUACUAGACAGUUCUCACAAAGAAAUAGUGGGAUCAACUUAUAAACAGAUUAAAGAACUUCUUACAUUGCUCAAUAAUUGUGGAUAUUUCGAAAAAUCAGUGGAGAAAAAUGACUCAGAAAAAGAAAAAGAAGAGGUACCUAAAGAAGAUGAUGUUGAGAGUUCGACGACGUCAGUUGAAAAAGACCAGGAAAUUGAGACCCCUGUUACUACAGAAAACAUAGAAUAUACAGACCCUGUGGAACCAACCUUCUCUGAUCCUGUCAUAGAGUCGCAACCUACGGUCCCGCCCACUUUACCAGUGGCCAAUCAGGAGAUGGAUAAUCAGUAUUUUAACGCACCCAUUGAAGAACCUAAAAACAGACCUGUACAAGACAUUGUUACACAGGGAAACUUUAACUUCCUGCAAGAUUCUAUGCUCGAAUUUGACUCUCAUUCUGAUCCAGCCAUUGUAGCAGUGUUACCAAAUCAACCAAUGACACGACCUCUAUCAAACCAACCAGACAACCAACAACCGACCUAUAAUAAUCAACCUUACAAUGAGCAGUCCCAUUUUGAUGAUGGUUACAACAUGACUUCAGAUCAAAACUGGGCCAAUUCAACAGCAUUUCCAACAGAGGACGCAAUGUAUCAAGAUGGCAUGAUAGGAAAUCAACAGUCUACAUAUCCUGAAACCUUAGAACAAGGAAAUGAUCUUGACGAUAAGAAAUUCACGAUGAAUGCCAAGGCACCUGUUUUUACCUCCAUGUAUAAUCAAGGGGGAGAUAACUCUGAUAGUCAAAACAAUAGUCACUCUUAUCAAGGUAAUAAUCAGAAUGAUGGCAGUUACCGUGGUAACAGUCGUGGUAUAUAUCGUGAUAAUUAUCGUGGAAGAAACCGAGGGGAUUCAAAUCAAAAUGGAUAUGGCCGAGGACGUGGAAGAGGUGGAUAUCAAGGUUAUCAAGGGCGCAAUAAUGAAUAUAACAGAAAUGAUGGUUACCAAGGUUACCAAGGAAGGGAUUACAAGUCAGGAGGUUAUCAAGGUCGUGGUGGUCCUCGUGGGGGACGUGGUGGACCUCCAAGGGGAGGUAAUGCUCGAGGAGGAAAUAGAGGCGGAUUCGGAAGACCUCAAAAUUAACAAAAUCUUAUAUACUGGUCUCCUCAGCUUCUAAUUUAAGAAAUAUCAGAGUUGAUGGACCAAAAUAAUAAAAAAAUAUCUGAAAAUUCACUGGUCUUGGAAUGAAUGUUGACAUUAUUUUCAUUCAAUGGACAUAACUCUAUAUAUAGUUGUUUACUAAUCUCAAUUCCGUCACAAGGCAUCCAUCUUGAAUCAUUGUAUCACCAUGGCAACAAGACCAGUGAAUUUUUACAUUGAUAAUUCAUGUAUCAACUUUUAUUUUUGGGAAUCUAACUUUUUGAUUUUGUUCUGUUGACCAAUUUCCUAAUUAUUCAUAUUAUAUGGAAAAGAUUUCAUUUGCUGCAAAAUUUUCCUGUUUUAUUAUGUUUCGCAAACUCAGUAAUUACACCUAAGGUCACAUUAUCUCUUUGGACUAGAAAUAUUCUUUAACCAGCCUUAUGGGGUUUUUUUUGAGUGUUGGUAGAGGGUAACUUGAGCAUCUUUGGAUCAAAUUCUUACCUAUUGGCUUGCAAUUCCACAUUUAAGCCACUGCAUGUGGAUAAGAAUGUAAAAUGUAAUGUCCUUUAUAAGGGUAAUAACUAUCCUGUUGGACAGAUAAAUGCAUUUACACAGAGAUGCCCUUAAAGUUCCGUUAAAUUUGAUUGGGAAAUUGUUAAUUGCUCAACAGAACAAAUGAAAGAUGAAGAUUCCCAAACAUAUAAAAAGUUAUGUGGGUGUGUAAGGCAAGUUCAACGAGCAACAACCAUAUUUUUUCUUUUCCUCAUUUAAUCGUAUAUCCUGAUUGUAAUAGACUAAAUUAUUCAAUAACUUUAUCAGAACAAAUAUCUCAUUCUUUAAGGCUGAAUUAAAUGGGUGAGUUAAGAGGUCUGCAUUCUCUGUUGAUUCAUGUUAAAGAAUUCCUCUACAUAAUGUCAAGCUAUUACUAACUUCAUCUUAUGAGGCAAUAGUCUGUGCAAUAGUUACCUUUCUUGUGUCAUAGAAAAUUAAUAAAAGAAAAGAGACUAGGUAUUAGUUCAUAAUAGCUUGAUCGUGUAGAUGUUGAUCACACAUCUAAAGCUUAUUUCACAUUUGUUUCAAAAGCAAAAUAUAGUACUGAUAUUGAACGAAAAUUAUGUCCAUUAUUCUUUCGGAAGCCAAGACAUUUUUAACUUUCAAUCGAAGAUGUCCUUUCCAACAUUUUGAAAUAGGCCUUGAAAUAGAUGGUAACUUAUGAGAUCAAGGGAUUAGCAAAUUACAGACUACCCCAUUAUAUUCAGCCUUGUUUCAUGCAUCCAUCCAUUUGAAAAUAUAGUUUCCACGUUUAUAUUGCUCUAUAUCUGACACAGCCUUGAAAUAUAACUGAUUUCUUGGUACUUCAAGAUCAGAUGAACAAAUGUAAAAAAAAAAACACUUUAAGGAUGUAGGUUUAGGCAUUAACCAAAAUUUCGAUAGUUAGAUCAUUUUCAUUUCACCCUCUUAAAAACAAGGUUGUGAAAACCAUGUCACUGAAUAUUUCUAGAAAUUACAAUUGUAUUAGCUAAUUAUUCGUUUUCGUAUUGUUUUACAAAUAUUUCUUGAAUUUGCAAAGCCCAUUCAUCCAAUUCUUUGCAAAUCAUUCUUUCAUAAUUUUGUGAUCAUCAUUUUCAUCAAAAAUUUGAAUUUAUUACAAAUAUUUGCAGCAUGCUUCGUUAUGAAUUAUUUGAUAUAAAGCUUUCAUUAAUUAAAAUUUACUAUUAUGGAGGAAUGGUUUAAAUUUAUGCAAUAAUAUAUCAAAAUUGAAUUGUAGCUAUUGAUUGGUUUUCUAUUUAUAGCAUCCAAUCAUUUGUUUAGGAUUUUUAUAGAAUUCACCAAGAGGUCCAGAUUAAAGGGAUUUUUAAGACUUUUGCAAGGGUAUAAAUCGAUUCUCACAGUGUCCCUGACACACAUGAAAACUUUAGAAAACCUCUUUACAAUUCCUUUAAGAGCAAAGGUAAUUUGAUGUUGGGGAAUUUGGCAAUAGAAUUCUGGAAUUUUGGGAGAAUUUAAUUGUGAUGAUAAUUUUGAAAAAAGAAAUUGUAUAAAGUAUUAAGUGUGUAUGUCCAUAAAUAGUGCUAUAUUGAAGAUGUAUUUCGAGAAUUUCAAAUUGACUUAGAAUUGCAAUUUAUACCAAAAAUUUAGUCCCAUGCUGAGUUUAAUCUUUUUAACUUAUGCUGGAAGAGUUGCAAUUCAAAGAAAUUUGAACUUAAUUGAAUACACCUUAAGUUUGUUUUUCUAAUAAUCUUUUCGGAAGCAAAAAAUUCUUUUUCACUUUGUUUAUAUUCAAGGUCAAUUGUCUGCCAUUUUGGUCUAUCCAUCUGAAAUGUUUAAAUAUAUAAUUUUACCAUCUAACAACCUUACAUGAUAUGUAAACCAGAGACAUAAUCUAGAGAGUCUCUCAGGACCUGUGUUCAAAUCAUUUGUAACAUGUAGUAAUCAAUGGGUAGACCAAAUGGUUUAUCAUAAUUUGACUAUAAUUUGUGUAAACACUAUUCAAGGCACUAUUCAGAAGUAUUGAUAAGUGACCUAUAUUCUUUCUGCUUCAAAUGAAUAAAACAAAAUAGUCUACAUCAUAGUUUA